AUUUGUUUAGCGCUGCAAGCGAGUUAGCCACGCACGCUAACUUUGAAAGGUUUGGAAACAAACACUUAUUUUUGUGAUAAAAUCGACAAUCUGUUUGGCAAAGUUCGUUUGCGGCGGUUAGCGUUUCUGUUAGCAUUCAUCAGCCGUCAUUAAAAAGUGGGCCAAAUAGUUUUUGAAAGUCGUCUCGCGAACACGGAACGUGCCCGGCGACGCAUCCGGCCGGACGUCUUUUUUUGCACGACUGCCGUGAACGGGUUUCUUGAAAACGGAUUUCGAAGAUUUGCUUUUGAAGACGCGCAAUUCCGAAAGAGGCCAAGCUGCCGCACGACUUCGUGCUCAACGCACGCCCAACACGGCAAAAGCUCAGGUUUCCGUUCUCGAGCCGAAACGUCGGCCGACCGAGCUGGCGUUGCCCGCUGCAACGAAAGGAAAUGCAAUUCAUCCGUUCCGGCCCGUAGAAGCUCAUCGGAUUUCCCUUCUUUCGAAAUAAAGUCAAUUCACAAUUGUUGCCGAUGAAAUCACUUGCAAAUCGGUAAUUUGUUUACGUUCACCGUGGUUACUGCGAGCCUUAAAUGCAUUGCGUUGUGGGAUGUGGCGGCCAUUUUAGGCAAAAGGAAAGAUGCCUGAAGCACGGAGCCAAUGGCGCUUAUGCGGCGCCGCAAAAGUCCCGAGCCUUCCGCAGCCGCGCCGAGACUCUUCGUAAACCCAAAGCCGAGGUCAUUUUUCUUCACCGUCCGUGAGCCGAGUCGUUCGCAAAGCGAGCUUCCGCUUGUUCGUGUUCACGAUGGAAGAAAGGCGUCGAAUAAGAGCGUCAAAUGAACAAAAAAAUCGGACAUGACCACAGAGAGUCGAAAUGCUGUGGAAUCGAUUGGACCGAGACGUGGCAGAACCGGCGGCACUGCGGGCACCUCGGAGACGUUGAAACGGGCCGAUCGGGCUUUUAUGGCGCGCACGUCUGCAGCCAGGAAGUGAAACCGCCGCUUGCCGUCUCCUAGCAACAGGAAGCAUGUCUGCCUCCGCGGGGACCAAUCAGGCUCCGCUCUUGUCGCCGUGAGCGGCUGGCCGUCUUUCACGGGGUCGCGUGCGGACGCGCGUCCUCAGACCGAGCGCCGAGCUGGCUGCGUGUGGAUGCGGACUUCGUCUUCGGGAGCGUCUUCAUCAAACCAUUCAACAACGUCGAAAGUCGCUUACUUCAAGAGGAAGUAUGCCGAGGAGGAGGUUUUGCACGGAGGCCUACGAGGAUAUUUUCCAAAACAGCACCUGAUCCUGCAGGAGGACCGCGGCUGCAUCCUCAAGUUGUCCCUGGAGAAGCUGAGGUUCCUGGAGGACCCCGAGGCCUACCUGCGACGCUCCGUCCUCAUCAACAACCUGCUCAGGAAGAUCCACCAUGAGCAAGAGGAGGAGGAGGAGGAAGAGGAGGGAGAGGAGGUGGACAGGAAGCGGAUCAAGGUUCUGGUCAGCGACUGUUGCUCUCCGUCUUUGAGCCUGGACCGACUCCAGCGCUACUGUCUGGUUCCGUGUUGUCCUGCGGUGGGAUGUCUCUACGGACUGGAUGCCGGCCAGGGCCUGGAACCGCUGGAACGACUGGAACCUCUGGAUCGUCUGAAACAACUGGAAUGUCUGGAACCUCUGGAACGUCUGCAGCAGCUGGAACAACUGGAACACCUGGAACAUCUGGAACCUCUGCAUCGUCUGGAACAACUGGAACGUCUUCAACCUCUGGAUCAUCUGGAACAACUAGAACAACUGGAACACCUGGGCCGUCUUCAACCUCUGGAGCAGCUGGAACAACUGGAACACCUGGAACGUCUGGAACCUCUGGAUCGUCUGGAACAACUGGAACGCCUGAAACGUCUGGAACCUCUGGAUCGUCUGGAAAGUCUGGAACCUCUGGAUCGUCUGGAACAACUGGAACGCCUGAAACGUCUGGAACCUCUGGAUCGUCUGGAACCUCUGGAACAACUGGAACGUCAGGAACCUCUGGAACGUCUGGAGCAGCUGGAAUAACUGCGACGUCUGGAACCCGAGCACCGGCUGCUCCUUUAAAAUCUGAUCCCGGCCAACUGAACCAUGACAGCAUCCGGCAGAACCUUCUGGAAGAGUCGCCGCCACCUCGGAGGGGCCACCUCUGUACUUCUAUGGAAGGUCCAGGUACUAGU